GGGCUCUCCCCUCCCCCGAAGCUGGUGCUGGGCGAAGGUCCAGACUGUGGGCCCUGUCGCCUGACCGAGGGGGCUGCCUCAGUUUACCCGUGGACUCUGGGCCUCUUUCGCUGAGGGACGAGGAUUGGUGUUGCCUCCCCUUCCUCCCCGGGAGCUCGCCGGGGCUGCAGGUGCCAGGGGGCUUGGCCCAGCUGCUGAGGGGCCAGCUUGUCCCCGCCAGCCCAGGCCUGUCCAGGGGGGCCCUGCACCUGUCUGCAGCCCGAGCUCCACUGCGGAGACCCACAGUGCGAGACCUGCAAACACCACCCCUGCCCGCCCGGCCAGGAGGUGGAGACCCAAGGGAGCUACAAUUUUGGCUUCAUAUGCGUCGACUGUGCCAAGGGGACCUUCUCCGGGGACAGCAAGGGUCACUGUGACCCUUGGGCAGCCCUUUAUAGCCACAUCCUGCAAGGAAAACCCCCAGACUCCUGUGCCGCCGGUGCGAUGAGGAGGUGUGUGGGUGCUCCGUGGCCCGGGGCGCUGCGCUCCGCCCUGCUGCUCCUGGGGCUGGGCGCCGCGGCCCAGCCCGUCUGCAGGGAGAACACCUACCCCAGGGGCGGCAGGUGCUGCAAGGAGUGCGACCCAGGUUUUCAGAUGCUGAGCCGCUGCACCGACAGCCGGGACUCGCUGUGCCUGCCUUGCCAGCCGGGGUUCUACAACGAGGCCGUGAACUACGACACCUGCAAACCCUGCACCCAGUGCAACCAGCGAAGUGGGAGCGAAGUCAAGCGGAUGUGCACAGCCACCAACGACACCGUCUGCAGCUGCCGGCCCGGCACCCAGCCCCGCGGCGGCUUCAAGCGAGGCGUUGGUGAGCCCGGGCCGGGGCCUGCCCAUGUCCCCCGCAUCCCACGCUGCCACCUCCUCCCCGGCACUCCUCUCCCAGGCCCUGGGCCCCGUCUCCCAACAGACUGUGCCCCAUGCCCACCAGGACACUUCUCCGCCGGUGACAACUCGGCCUGCAAACCCUGGACCAACUGCACCUUGGAGGGGAAGCGCACCCUGAGGGCCGGCAGCAACAGCUCGGACGCCGUCUGUGAGGGCAGGACGCCCCCAGCCACCCUCCCUGAGAGGACCCCAGGCUCCCCAGCCCUGGUCCCCACCACCCAGCCCCCCACCGCCUGGGCCAGGUCCUCACAGGGGCCUGCCAUGCCCCCUGCGGAGUCCCCUAGGGGCCCCGAGCUGGCCGCCGUCCUGGGCCUGGGGCUGUGCCUGGGCCUGCUGGCCCCGGUGGCCGCCGCGCUGGUCCUGCUGCAGCACUACAAGGCCUGGAGGCUGCCUGCCCCCCACGCCAAGCCCCCCGGAGGGAGCAGCUGCCGGACCCCCGUCCAGGAGGAGCACUCGGACGCCCACUCCGCCCUGGCCAAGCUCUGAGCAGCUGCGCCCUGCCACCCCUUCGUCCUGCCGGCCCCUCGCCCUGGCGCCCCGGCACCCGCCCUGGCUUGCCGCUCUGUCGCCCCGUCCCCCCGGCACCCUGUCGCCUGCCCUGCGCCGUUCUAGGCGCGCCUGGGCUCGCCCCCGGGCUCGGCUAUGUAUGCCAUGCAUACUCCACCCGCGGUGGCCCCCAAUAAACGCCGUCGGCCGACGCGGUCUCAGUCUGGGCGCCUGUGGGCACGCGCGUGGGGGCCGGGGCGCUGGGGCCCCGGGGCGCCGUCCUCCCGGUCUCUGGCCCAGACAGCCCUGCGGGCGGCCUGGAGCCAAAGCGAAGGUCGGGGCCCAGUGCCGGGGGUCGGCGGGGUCCUGGGCUCAGAGCUCACGGCGCAGGGGGGACACUGAGGCCCAGGUUUCAGGGGAGCAGCGAGGACGGCCCCACUGUCCCUGCAGGAGGGCCCCGUGUGGCUUGCCCCUCCUCCCAGCCCCUCAAAGCCUGUGCCCGCCGCCAUGGGCCUGUGGUGACCCGGACCCCCACCCGUGCCCCUGGUCUCCGGUGCUGCUCGGUGCCCUCCGGGUGCCCAGGGCCGAGCACCCCCAGGGUCCUCGAGGGUGGCCACGCUCCCGAGCCCUGCAGGCAGGGACCUGGUGGGACGUGAGCGCUGGGCCUCGAAGCGGACGCCCGGACGUCCACCCGAACAGCAAGGGGGGCGGAGACGUCCUGGCGCGCUCAGACAGCCCCCGGCCAGCACUCGGGGGCGGCCCUCCGCGGCGUGCGGCGUGGACGGCCGCCCAGGGCGUUUCGGAAAGAGACCGGCCGCGCCCGCCCGUGACAGCAGCCGGCCCCGGCAGCCCUGCCAGCGAGCAUCCGCCCCAGCGGAACCAGACCGAGGGCAGAAAGGGCACAGGAAGCCGGGAUCCAGCGUGGAAACGCUGACAGGAAGCUGCGUGGGACCAGCCCAAGUGAGCGAAACCACAGGCCACGGCGGGAGGGGGCGCGCCCUCGGGGCCUGCUCGGGUGCUGCCUGCCGGGAGGGGCCGGGGGACGGCACGCGCGAGCGCCAGCGCGGUGCACGGGGCAGAGCCCUGCCCGGGCCAUGUCCGGCCCGGCCCUUCCAGCCCCGCCGACCGACCGACCGACCGGGGCUUCCCGCCUGCCGGCAGCUCGCUCUCCACAGUCGCCCCACGGGCCUUGACCUUUCCCCCUCAGACCUCUGACCCCAUCCCCGGACCCUCCAGCUGCAAAGGGAAGGAAGCCAUCGGUCUCCACGGGCCCCAGCAGGGCCGAACAGGGCUGUCACCCCCGCUGUGGGGACAGGGCCUCCAAAUGGGGCCUAAGGGAGGGUCUGGACUUCGGGGCUUAGAAGGCCGGGGGUCAUGGGGAAGGGCUUCUCCCCACGCCCACCCCAGCCCGGGGCUCCGUGUCCACUGUGGGACAGAGGCGUGGACGGAGGGUGGCCACUUCCCCGUCGCUUCUGCGCUGCCCCUUGUCUGGGACUGGCUCUGCUGACGCCCUCCAGGCUUUCUCCUGCCCGAGUCCCAGGCCUGGUGUUGAGCUGCAUCCUGCCCCCCAGCCGCAGGGCCCAGGUGGUGCGCCCACCUGGCGUGCCCCCUUCCGGCUCCCCCGUCUGGCCCUGUGGAGUGGCAACCCUCCGCCUCUCCGCACCCCGGCCCUCUGGUGAAUGCCAGACUCCCCCGUGGGCCCCUCGUGGCACACACACGGGUUGCUUCCGAAAGCCGGAAUAAACGGUACGAUGCAGGUUCGCAGCUGCUUGUGAGCUGUUGAUAAAGCUGGAAACAAAGGCAAGCAGAAAAUCACCUCGGCCCCACUGCCCAUCGCGGAAGCCGCGCCGGCUCGAGGGGCCGCCCCGUGGCGGGGACAGGAAGGCAGGCGUGGGCACCGGUGCUUUCUGGCUUCACUCUGCCUUUCAACGGCUUUUCGCGCCGCCCUCUGAGCACACGGCUGGGCCCCUGGCGUCUGCAGAGCUGCAGGUGAGGGCGGUGACUCCGCCCCCGCCCACCUUGCUGACUCCAGAAGGUUCCCACCGCCCUUCUGGGAAGGACCAAAGGACAAGCAUCGCUGUAGGGGGUGUAGUGUGUUUUCUGGGCGCUCACCGAACCGAAGGUCGCAUGCUAGCACAGACCUGGCCUCCCCCGCCUGUAAAAUAAACAGUGCCCCGAUUCUCCACUCA